AAUUACAGACUGCUGAUGUUCAGUGAUUGUAGUCCAUGGAAAUCUUUUAAACCCUUACAUUGCCAUGCGUUCUUUUUUCCUUCAAGCUUCUCAAAUUGUCAACAGCUUUCUCUUGUCUAGGCUCUUCAUAGUCCUUACAUGGUACAUUAGGGAUACAUUCUGCAAUAACCAGUAACAACAUCUCCUGUAAUACUAAGCUUGAGGGCUUUAAUUCAGCAUGUAUAUUCAGCUUGACCACUACGAUUUCUCUCUUUUCAUUAUCCCCUAAAUGAUUUGCCUUGUGUCAAAAGAACAGUUUUACUGUGGAAGCAAGUUUAUCUUUACCUCAUUUCCAUCACAGAUAAAAAGAUAUUUCCCUCUUCAUUGAAAGGAUACUGAUGCAUUGAUCCAGCUAUGUGCAAUGUAGUUUUAAGCCCAGGGAAUUUUCUUUUGUAAAAGAAUAACCAUCACCCUACUACUCAAAUACUGGUGAUUGGAUUUUUUUUUUCAGAAGACGUUUGCCUUCCUAGGGCUGAAAGAAAGUGUUUGGCCUAAGCUCAACCAAUAGGCUUUGUGUCCAAGGCAGGACUAGAACUCCCACUAUCCCGGUUUCUAACCUCAUGUCUUAACCCCUACACCAAACUGACUCAAUUGGAGUUAAAAGAUGACCAAAUUAGGAGGUAUUCCUUCUCUGACAGUCUUGAACCUUACUGUAUCAUUUAACUUUCUACUUGCUGAUGUGCAAGGCAGACAUACCAACGGAUGAGGUUGGUUCAGACAAGGCAAAUGCUUCCAUGAAUAAGUAUACCCCAUUUUUCUGGGAAGUGUUUUUGAAGUCUUUCACUGAUUAAAAGAUAAUUUAUUUCCUACUCCCUGGAGAAGUUUCUAUUUCUGUGCACAUAUUUUACACUGUAUUUUUCUUGAUAUGUAUAAUAUACUAUGCAUCUCUGAGGAGAAUGAGUAAUAUUGUUUGAACAAAUCCAUUCUUUAAAACUCUCUUAAUUUACAUUAUGGCUUUUAAAAAACAACAACCAGUUAUCCUGUUCUAGCUAUGAUGUGCAUAGGUUGUCUUUUGAGUUACAUACAACCAUUCAUUCAGCAAUCAUUCAAAGGUAUGUGGUGCCAAAUGAAUGUUACUCCCCAAAAUUACAGUCGUUGCAGUGCCCUCUGGAGUCAUGUGAUCAAAAUUCAGUAAUAUGGCAGCCCACCCACACAUAAAACCACAGGGAUGCUUCAACUGUCGCCUUUCUCUGCCCUUUUAGCCACCCUGUACAGUGGUAUACUGCAGCAUCAGUACUGGGGAUGAAGCUCAUGGCCUAGCCAGCUGCCAUCAUCCCUAGGCCUGCAACUCAAGUCCUGAGCAAUGGCCACCAAGGAGUGCUACCUUGUCUCCUCACUGGGCCAACCAGUCUGUGGAAAAUCACUACAGUCACCUUGUUGGUCCUGUUGGCUUUGCCAGCCUGCAAUCUAUACUGAUCCUGUCAGAGAGUUGCCCUGUAUUCCUCUCACACUGCCAGGGCUGAUUGGGUGAGUGGAGUGCAGGAUGGCAAGGCUGGCGGAGUUCAAGGUGAUCAAAAAGCUAAAGAUAAGAAAGUACCCCUACUCUUACCUUACUGAGACUUUGGAGUGGAAAGGAUUAAGCUGAAAGUGGCCUGGUUUGGGAUGGGUCCUCAUCUAAUGACUGGUGGAAUUCGGUUAACCGCAGUGACAGGGAGUGCUGGGACUGCUGUUGGCUAAGGAUGUAGCAAUGUGAUGUUGCACAUUACGACCACAUCCCUUAGUAAAGGAAAUUCUGAUCUCAAUUACCGCCACAAUUUGAAGACUGUCUGUAUUUGGCAUGUUUCUUAAUGGGAAGUUUUUAAGUAAAAAUACUUUUCAAAUGUUGGGAGAAAAUACAUAACAACAACAACAACAACAACAGAAUUGGAAGGGACCUUGAAGGUCUUCUAGUCCAAUCCUCUGCCCAGGUAGGAAACCCUACACCAUUUCUUAAAAAUUUCCAGUGUUGGAGCAUUCACAACUUCUGCAGGCAAGUUGUUCCACUUAUUGAUUGUUCUAACUGUCAGGAAAUUUCUCCUUAGUUCUAAGUUGCUUCUCUCCUUGAUCAGUUUCCGCCCAUUGCUUCUUGUUCUACCCUCAGGUGCUUUGGAGAAUAAUUUGACUCCCUCUUCUUUGUGGCAACCCCUGAGAGAUUAAUUAUCUUUCAUUAAUUAUCUUUCAUUUAGUGCUUUUGUGUAUAAAAGACACUUAGUUUUCACAUAUCAAAAAUACAUAAGACAAUAUAAUGCCUCUAGUCAGGAAAUAAUUUUCAGUAUACCAAAUGGGGAUAGAUGUAGAUGUUCAGCAUAACCCUGAAAUACAAAACCACAUUUGGGGAGAUAGAGAGUUCUAACAUUCACCCACACUUUUGAAGAUUGUGUUACUAUAUUUGGUUUUCCAAGCUGCAAUCUGAGAAAAGGUGAGUGAAACAAGGAAGUAAACGUGCUGCUGCUGCUUUUAUGUGGAUAUCCCAUAAAACUGAAUUAGCCAUGUAUGGCUAUUUCACAUGAAAUGCAUAAAACUCCCAAAGGGCAGACAGGCUACAAUAAUGCUACCCAUACAUGGCUUGAAGGAAACUGAAGUUUUAUUUGUUUUCUUUUUAGAUUACUAAAUACCUCAAAUGAUGUAAUAGUGGGUAUCAACAGACAUGCUAAUGAUUAAAUAUUUUCUGCAUAGUUGCAAGGCUAGGCAUGUCAGGGAGAGUGGUCAGCUGCUGAACCAGAUUUUCAGAGUAGCCUGGAUGCAUUUAGAGCCCUUGGUACAUGACUUCCUGCAGGAUAUGUUUCAUUCUGUAUGUUGUCUCUGCUGCUGUCAUGUCCAUUUAAUCCUAGGUGAAAACAUGCUGCUUUGUUUAAUAAUAUGGCUCUUCUUCAUAGCUCCGAGCAUAGUUGGAAUUCUUCGGCUGUAAUUCAAAUUCAGCAGGCAAGCAAUACUCUCAAAUCUAAUAUUUAUUGUCUAACCCAAGCCAUCAGAUUUUUAGUAGGUCUGCGGUCAUUAUACUUCAUUUGUACUUUCCUCAUUUAUUUUUCAGUAGUUUGUUCUUCUCGGAAGCAAGUUAACAAAAGCUGUUCUGUAAGUUUUCAGCAUAAUUUAGCAUGGACUGAAGAAAUUCUUUAAAGUUUAUGACAUGAUUAGCAUUGUUCUUUUCAGAUUGGGAAUGCAUCAUAGUAUCAAUAGUAUUUUGAUAUGAAGUGGAUCAAAUCACAACUGCUUAUCUAUUAAUAACUACCUAGCAGCUUUCAAGGUUGGAAAUGAAGAUCUCAAUUUAAUACACGCGGACCCUAACACCCAGUUGAAUACACCCUGUCCCAGACCCUUACAUUUUCAAAGGACUUAUAAAUUUGUUUUCCAAAUGUACCCAUCCAGGAAAAUAAUCAUUACAUACUUCCAGAAAAAUAAAACUGUUGGAAUAAAGAUUCAGUGAGAUAGUUGGAAAAUAUGGUAGAUCAGAAGCAUGUUCUAGGGGCCUUAGCUACUAAAAAUAUAUGGAGAAUAUAUAUUACUAGUAAUCUUUUCUCAAAGGCUUGAUGGGAAAUUUAAACAUAUGUCCUGAAGUUGUGUCUGUCUGUCUAACAGUCUGCCUAUCUGUUUGUUCAUAUAAAUAAACUUAUUAUUUUUACAAAUAACUUAAGGUGGUGAACAUAUCCAACACAUUCUUCCUACAAUUCUUUUGUAAUAAGUCUAGCCACAAAUGAAAAUGUCAAGUAGCAACCCAAUGAACAAACAAGGGGGGGAAGCCAGUAUUUUUAAAUGUGUUUAAUAAAAUCAGCCUUUUCAGUGUCCAGAAAUUAAUUUGAUAAAUUUGAAGAAAAAAAUAGUUUAUUUAUUAGUUUAUUUUUGAGGAACAGAUUGGCUAAAUUACUAUUUGCUUUCUGCAAUGUAAAAAACGGAAUGGCGGAAGAGGCAUCCCCUCCAAAAAAAGCCCUCUUUUUAGUAUUUGUUCUACAAAUCAUAAAAUCAUUAAAAAAUCAUUAAAUCAUUAAAAAUAAUUAAAUCAUCUUGAAUUCCUAAUACACAUUUUUGUUUUCUAACUAUAUGGAUAGAUUUAUGGAAAGAGGAAAGAAAAGAAAAUUGCUUAUGAAUGUGUUAACUGCUUCUCUUCUCCCUUUUUAUUUUCCUUAUGUUCCAGUACCUGGAUUUGCCUCAAGGUAGGUCUGGGAGAAAUAAGCCAUGGCUUGUUAAAAUACCAAAGCAGGCUGGGAAAACAAAACUCCUGUUGAGAACUGAAAACCAGUCACUUUUAAAUCCAGAGCUUUUUUUAAAAUGCAACUUUUCUUUAUAACAUGUCACAUGAGACAAAGAUUGCAAGAACUGAAUAACCCUUUUAUUUGGAAAAGGAAGUAAAAUGACUAGAAAAAUAACCUUGGAGGUUAUAUGUUACAGAGCUGACUGCAAAAGUUGUGGCAUUGAGUUCUUGGAAAAUUUGGAUGCAUACUUAACCAUUUUUGUAUAAUUUUUUAUAAUUCAAAAUAAGAAAACAGUCAAGAGAGGGUAUAAAAAAAAUGGACAUAUUUCAGUCCCUACUUUGUAAUGGUUCCACUGGCAAAAGUAGAACAUUUCUGAAUAUUUUCUACAACUAUCUAAGAGACUUUCUAUUUUUGCUUUUGGAUUUUUUUCUCAACUUUUCCUUGUAGAACUCUUCUAGCUCAAAAUUAUUCCUAAGUCUCCUUGCAUGUUUUACAUGUAGAAAUCUUUCUAUAUCUCAGCCUGCAAUGCUCAGCCAACAGUGUUUAGCCAGCAAUGUGACUUCCUGACACAAACUCCACUUCUUGUGUUUUUGCAUGGGAUGUCUGUGCACAUAUAAAAGCGGUAGUGUUAAUGUUGCAAUGCCCAGUUUGUCACUUGCUUCCUUUUGUUCUUUUGUGUGGAUCCCCAUCUCCCCACAGAUUGUCAAUAGCAGUCAAGUCUGGGAAUGUAAAUGUAUUUCAAAACUUUUAUUUUUCUCUCCUGUAAGUAUUUCAUAACUGAUUUGGAAGUUGGGUUGUAACUACAAAUAUAAGGACCCAAGUAAUUUAAAUUUUUAAGAAAAAUUAUUAAUCAGCAACUCUUGUUUUUGAAUAGCAAGUCUUAUUCAAAAUCAUCAUUUUGAUUUAAAAAUAUUGAAACUUGACCUAGAAAUUAUCUGGGCUUUCUUGAAAGAUACAUGUGAAUUGCUCCAUUCUGAAGGCAAGGUACUUCCAAACAUGGUUAUGGAAUGAUUUCUUUUUUUAUAUACAGCAUCUAUGUAGUGUCAUUUCUAAUGUGACUUCUAUAUUUUUUUCACACCACAGAAAAUCCAUUUAUUUAUUUACUAGAUUUAUAAGACUGCCCAACUCAGUGUGACUGUGGGUGGCAUAUACCAACAAGAAAUAAUAAAUCAAGGAAAAACCCAAUUUACAUAAAAUAUUGAAUAAAUAUAAAAUAAAAUAUGCUGGCCAAGCAGAACAAUAAAAACAACCAAAAAGGAAUUCAACCUGACCCAAAUGUCUGGAGAAGAAGCCUGGUUAUAACAACCUUUUCCCAAAGGUAAACAUCUUUGACCACAAUGAGUUGGAGUUUCUUGACCCGUCUACUUGAGGAGAUCCACAAUCAUUCCACAUUUGUGGGGAAGAUCUGGCUGACUGUGCUGAUCGUAUUCCGCAUUGUUCUCACUGCUGUGGGAGGGGAAUCCAUUUAUUAUGAUGAACAAAGCAAAUUCGUUUGCAAUACAGAACAGCCAGGUUGUGAAAAUGUGUGCUAUGAUGCUUUUGCACCCCUCUCUCAUGUGAGGUUUUGGGUAUUUCAAAUCAUCCUAGUCUCUACUCCCUCAGUAAUGUACUUAGGCUAUGCUGCUCACAAAAUAGCUCGGCUAGUGGAACAUGGCGGAAUGGAACGGAAGUUACGAAGCAAACCUCUUCUAAUGCGUUGGAAACAACACCGAGGUUUAGAAGAAGCAGAAGACGAUAAUGAAGAAGAUCCAAUGAUGUAUCCAGAGAUUGAGGUAGAGAGUGAACGAGAGAACAAGCAAAAUCCAUCCCUCACAAAAAUAAAGCAUGACGGUCGGAGGCGAAUCCGAGAAGAUGGGCUUAUGAAGAUUUACAUCUUUCAACUGCUGAGUAGGACUAUGUUUGAAAUUGGCUUCCUGAUAGGCCAGUACUUACUCUAUGGAUUUGAAGUCAGUCCAACGUUCCUUUGUAGCAGAAAUCCGUGUCCCCAUACUAUUGACUGUUUCAUUUCAAGGCCCACAGAAAAAACCAUAUUCCUGCUCAUCAUGUAUGGUGUGAGUGGUCUGUGUUUACUUCUGAAUAUCUGGGAAAUGCUUCACUUGGGAUUUGGCACCAUUCGGGACACACUGAAUAACAAGCGGAAGGAGCUAGAAGAUUCAGGAACCUAUCAUUAUCCUUUUAUUUGGAAUACCCCAUCAGCUCCUCCAGGGUACAAUAUUGCCAUGAAACCUGACCAAAUACAGUACACAGAGUUGUCUAAUGCCAAAAUAGCACAUAAGCAAAAUAAAGCCAACAUUGCCCAAGAACAACAAUAUGGCAGCAAUGAAGAGAACAUUCCCACUGAACUGGAGAACAUCCAGCGAGAAAUCAAAGUAGCUCAGGAACGCUUAGAUCUUGCCAUCCAUGCAUAUAAUAAUCAGAAUAAUCCAUCCUGUUCCAAGGAGAAGAAGCCCAGAGGCAGCUCAAACAAAAGCAGCGGCAGUAGUAAAUCAGGGGAUGGGAAGACUUCUGUUUGGAUUUGAUGCUGUUCACUUGACAGGGAAUGCUACCUUUUUCUUGUAGCAUAUUAUAUCUAGCAAAUUGGGUGCGAAAUAAUUUCCAGUAAAAAAUAAUUGGCCUUGCUAAAGUUCAGAGAUAUUUCGUGCUGCUAAAUGGUACUGUGCAAAAGAACAGAAGAGAAAAGUAGUUACGCUCACAAACAUGUAUUCAUGUAUUCUUCCAGAUCUGCAGAAGUCCCAGGGAUUUUUUUAAUUAUUUUUGUUAAAACUGUUUACACUGUAUGUACAGUAUUAUGGUACCUUUUAUUAUGCACAU